AUGGCGGCCGCGGUAGGCAGGAUUUGUGGGGCACGACUUUUGAAAAAAAUUGGGAUAGUUUCACCCCAGGUUUGUCAGCUGUCCACCAGUACUAAAGCAUGGACAAAUAAUAGAAAAUUGUGGUUAUCCACAUUAGGUGUAGUGGGUGGUGGUGUUGGUGCCCUGUUGUUUGCCCUAGAGCAAUCUGUCGAGGCAUCAGAUGAUAAAGCUCAUGCAUUCCACCAGCCUUGGAGUCAUGAUGGCUGGUUCUCAUCACUUGAUCAUGCCAGCGUUCGUCGUGGUUACGAAGUGUACAAGCAAGUGUGCAAGGCGUGCCACUCCCUGCAAUACAUCGCGUUCCGUAACUUGGUCAAUGUAACUCAUACUGAGGAUGAGGCCAAAGCCGAAGCCGCCGAGGUGAUGGUAAAAGACGGCCCUGAUGAUGAGGGCAACUACUUCGAGAGGCCUGGAAAGCUUUCUGACUACUUCCCAUCGCCUUAUCCUAAUGAAAAUGCUGCCAGAGCUGCUAAUAACGGUGCCUACCCACCGGAUCUGUCCCUUAUAGUGUCAGCACGCAAGGGCGGAGAGGACUACAUCUUCGCACUUCUCACGGGCUACAUGGAAGCGCCAGCCGGCGUGCCAUUGAGAGAGGGACAGCACUACAACCCCUACUUCCCCGGUGGGGCUAUAUCCAUGGCCCAAGCGUUGUUUGAUGAGGCGGCAGAGUACAGCGAUGGCACCCCCGCUACAGUAUCCCAGCUGGCUAAGGAUGUGGCCACCUUCCUUCGGUGGUGCUCCGAACCAGAGCUGGACGACCGACGCCUCAUGACCAUCAAAGCUAUAGGAAUAUUCUCCACCCUAGCCGCCAUUGUAUACUACUAUAAACGGCACAAGUGGUCCUCGAUCAAGUCUAGGAAACUAGCCUACAAACCUGUGUCUAAGAAA